UAGAGGAAACGUGAACUGUCUUACAGAGGAUUCAGAGAAGUACCUAAUGCAAAUGAGAAACCUGCUUUGUUGUGCGAGGUAGACUUCCCCUGGGUUUAUUAUUACGGCUCACUUAUGUUGUGAAGCGCACGCAGCGCUGUGAGUGCAGACAUCACCAAUUGUUCACAGGAAAGGGUUUUUUUUCCCUCUGUUGGUGAAUUCCAAGUCAUGGGUUAGUGUUACUUCAGCUGUAAAAGAGAAGAAUGUAUUUCAUACCACUGCUUCUGUCUGCUUUACAGCUGUCUAUAUCAAUGAGGACUUUGAUCCCAGGUGACACCCAGACAACAGUGUGACUUUGGAAUCGACAAACUUGCUAAGAAUUUCUCUGAAAUGGAUUUUGAAGGAUACUGGAUACGCUCUGAAAAAUCGUAACGGUUAUUUCUCUUUUGACUUUGUUUAUGGAUUUUGUGAAUGAGAGGAGCUUAGUUAAGGUGACAUCUUUCUUCAGGUGGCGACAGACAAGGUAGCAGGCAAGCUGAGUUCUACUCUUUCAUGGGUGAAGAACUCAGUAUCGCACACAGUGAGUCAGAUGGCUAGUCAGGUGGCCACACCCUCCUCGCUGCACACCGCUGCGGCCUCAUCCACUGCCUCACUGUCCUCGCCCUCCUCAGCCUCCCCGUCCCAGCUCAGCCCAGAUGAUGUGGAGCUGUUGGCCAAACUAGAGGAGCAAAACAGGUUGUUGGAGACGGACAGCAAGUCUUUACGGUCUGUGAAUGGCUCUCGGAGGAAUAGUGGCUCCUCGCUGGUGUCCAGUUCAUCAGCUUCCUCCAACUUGUCACAAUUAGAAGAGGAUGCGUGGAUUAUGUGGGGACGUAUUGUCAACGAGUGGGAAGAUGUGCAGAAGAAGAAGGAAAAACAACUGAAGGAAUUGGUUAGGAAGGGUAUUCCACAUCACUUUCGGGCAAUAGUGUGGCAGCUGUUGUGUGACGCCCAGAAUCUGCCCAUAAAGGAACAGUACUCUGAGCUGCUGAAAAUGACCUCGCCCUGUGAAAAACUCAUCCGCAGAGACAUUGCCCGGACCUAUCCUGAGCAUGAGUUCUUUAAGGAGAAGGACAGUCUGGGCCAGGAGGUGCUCUUUAAUGUUAUGAAGGCUUACUCUCUUGUUGAUAGAGAGGUGGGCUAUUGUCAGGGAAGUGCUUUCAUUGUCGGCCUUCUUCUUAUGCAGAUGCCAGAAGAGGAGGCUUUCUGUGUGUUUGUGAAACUGAUGCAGGACUACCGGUUGAGAGAACUCUUUAAACCCAGUAUGGCUGAAUUGGGCCUCUGCAUGUAUCAGUUUGAAUGUAUGAUUCAGGAGCAACUCCCAGAGCUCCAUGUGCACUUCCAGGUCCAGAGUUUCCACACCUCCAUGUAUGCUUCCUCCUGGUUUCUCACCAUCUUCCUCACCUCUUUUCCCCUUCCUGUUGCCACUAGGAUAUUUGAUAUAUUCAUGUGUGAGGGUUUCGAGAUAGUGUUUCGUGUCGGGAUGGCCAUCCUUCAGAUGAAUCAGGCAGAGCUCAUGCAGUUGGACAUGGAGGGGAUGCUGCAGCACUUUCAGAGAGUCAUCCCUCAUCAGCUGGACAGUGGACCAGAAAAAGUUAUCCAGGCUGCAUAUCAAGUCAAGUACAAUGCCAAGAAAAUGAAAAAAUUGGAGAAGGAGUACACUACAAUCAAAACCAAGGAGAUGGAGGAACAGGUGGAAAUCAAGAGACUACGCACAGAGAACAGACUUCUGAAGCAGCGAAUAGACACUCUGGAGAAAGAAAGUGCUUCUUUGGCAGAUAGAUUGAUUCAGGGUCAGGUGACACGAGCCCAAGAGGCGGAGGAGAACUACCUGGUCAAGCGGGAGCUAGCCACGCUCAAACAACAGAACGAAGAGGCCAGUUCACAGCUGGAGCAGGCACAAAGCACCAUCCGACAGCUGCAGCAACAGCAGCCAUUUGUGGGGAACCCACGUUACACCGAGGAGUUCAUCCUACAGUUGGAGAGAGAACUGGUGCAGGCCCGACUUAAAGAAGCUGAGUCCCACUGCGCACUAAAAGAGAUGCAGGACAAAAUACUCGACAUGGAGAAGAGAAAUGCAUCCCUGCCAGAUGAGAAUAAUGUUGUACGUCUACAAGAGGAGCUAAUUGGUGUAAAACUUAGGGAGGCAGAGGCUCUAACAGGCCUUAAAGAGCUUAGACAGCAGGUCAGAAACCUGGAGGAGCACUGGCAGAGGCAUCUAGCACGCACAGCGGGUCGUUGGAAAGACGGCCCACGGAAGAAUGCAGCAAGUGAACUGCAGGAUGAGCUGAUGAGUGUGAGGCUCAGGGAGGCAGAGGCUCAAGCCGAGCUCAGAGAGACCAGGCAGAGGAUGCUGGAAAUGGAGACCCAGAAUCAGAUACAUUGUAAUCAGCUGCGCCGGGCAGAACAGGAGGCACGAAAUCUGCAGGAGCGACUUCAGGUUUUGACCAACCAGAACAAGACGCAGCAUGCAGAGCUUCAGGAGACAAAACGGAAACAGGCUGAAAUACAGUGCAAGAAUAAAGAAGAUGUAAUGGCAGUGAGAUUGAGAGAAGCUGAAAAUAUAGCUGCCAUGGCUGAACUUCAGCAGCAGAUCUCUGAGCUUGAGAUUCAGAAAGAGGAAGGGAAGGUCCAAGGCCAACUAAACAACACAGACUCCAGUCAGUACAUCCGAGACCUUAAAGACCAGAUAGCAGAUCUUAAACAUGAGAUCCGAUGUUUAAGAGGGCAGAAGGGCAUACCCAAUCAACCCAAUUUUGAUGGGAUUCAUAUUGUGAAUCACUAUGGAGGGGAUAAUGAAUCCUACCAGUCUUCUGAUGAAGAUGGAGUGAAGCUGUCACCCCAUCUGACUGAUCAUCAGGUUGGAGGCCGGAUCACACUACAUCCAAACCUUGAGGAUUCAGAAAGUGAGGGUGAUGAAGGAGAUGCCCUACGACUUACUUUGCCCUCAAAUGUCAGCCGCAAGACAACUACAGUGUGAUCUUCUGCAUUGGUGACACAGACUGGCAUCUAAAGGGAGGGAGAGCAUGUCUGUAAGCUCAUCCUCAAAAUCUCAUGUAAGUGAGGACAGUUAGAACUGCCUACAGAGCAUUGAGCAUGGGACUCGAACUGGAGUACUUGAAAAGCCUUCUCUCAUCUUUACAAAUGGACUUUGAAGUCACAUCUCAUGAGGUCAUGGCUUACAUCUGCAUUUUUGUUUUUGCCAAAAUGUGUCAGAUGUCCAGGCACUUUAUUUCUUAAUUAUGGGCUCAUUAAGAGGGGUAUUGUGCCUCUUGAGACUGUUUAGACCCAAAUAUUGAAGAUCAUCAUAUUGUGGCAGGAGAUUCACAAACCUUAAAAGGGGGUGCCCCAUGAUUGUUUCACAUUAUGAGAAGUGGCUUCGUAUAGUGUAGUGUUUUAUGAAUUGUCAUAGCUUUUAUUUUUUAAUCAUGCAUCUGUUUUAACAAACCAUGAGAAACCAGUGAGUGCAUUUGUUGGUGUUUAUAAGUUUGAGGGAAAUGUGUUAAAAGGCACACUAUCAUCUUUAAAGAAAUAUUCAGGGUUCAUACAAGUUAAGCUUAAUCGACAGCAUUUGUGGCAUAAUGUUGGUCUUUUAAAACAAAGCAGAAAUCUGGGUUACAGUGAGGCACUUACAGUAGUGAAUGGGGCAAACCGUAAACAUAAAGAUAUUCAUAUUUUAAUAAUGGCUAUAAUGUAUAGCCACAAGACGUAAACAAUAUAUAUGUUAACAUGAUUAUAGUGUGAUAAAAUAGCUUUUUUCUUUGAAAACGUUUAUCUAAUAAUUUGUUGCCAUGACAAUGUAACGCCCUAAAACGACCACAAAACAAUUUAAACAACUUUGCAGCUCAAAUAAUGCACAAGUUUUAAUAGAAGUAUUAAUGUAAGUGCUUUAAUAAAAUUAUAAGCUUCACAUUUCUGCUAUUAAACUGUCCAAAAAUUCACCAUUCACUUCCAUUGUACAGUAAGUGCCUCACUGUAACCUCAAUUUUUUUUUUUUUUUUUUUUUGUUAAAAAGGGAUGAGCAAAAAUAAUUAUUGGCAAUCUACAUUAUACCACAAAUGCUGUCGACUGAGUUCAACUUGCAUUGAACGUGGAAUAUUCUUUUAAAUAGAAAUCAAACUUUCCCACAUGAAUACAUCAGUGUCAUAUCAAAAGUCAGAAAUGACAUAGACUUUUCUCCUGGCAUGAAUUAUACAUUUGGGUCUUUGAACAUACAUUAUGCUGUGUAUGUAAAGGAUCCAAACUUUAUGUAAAUAUGUACAUGUUUUGACUUUUUUUCCAUAUCUAUUAUUACUUGAAAAUAUGUAUUCAAUGGAUGUCGUCUUGUCUAUAUUGUUAUGUAUUGUACAGUUUAGUUGAAAUGGAUGUAUUCCUGAUUUUGGGGGGUAUUUGGAGGCAACAAAAUUCGCUGGCACACUGCUCUUCAGUCAUUCUUUCAUGUACUGUAGCUUUGAUGUUGUCAGUUUUCCAUUUCAGAGGAUGGAGUUUUGUUUUCACACAGUUGUUUUGGUGCCUAGAAAGAUUCUUUGAAAUUCUUGUUGAUUUACAAUAUUUUCUAGUAUGCGUUAUGUUGAGCAUGUUAUGAAUGAUCAAUCCAUGCAGACUGGUGGAAUUGGAGGCACAAAGAGAGGCCAUCUUAAUAUUGAUUUUAUUUCUCUGGCCUUACGCAAGCUAGGCACUCUGUGCCAUCACAGGCAAUGGAAAUACAAGUCAAGUUGCUGUCCCUCCUUUUCUUAUUACAUCGGUAUUCGAAACAACUUAUUAAACAGCUUCAGAGUUGGUUUGCAUUUUUGCACAGAUGACAUGCAAGCAAUGAAAUAUACUACUUUCCCCACCGUUAAUGGCAAUGGCUAGAUUUCAUUUAGCUUUACUUUGCAUUGUUUGUUCGUUUAGUAUAUGUUUCCUGGUGGUGCAUUUGAAGAUGUGACUGGAAGGCAAAGUAAUCUUCAAAGAAAAAGAAUGAAGUCAUAAUGUUAUAUCAGUAUCACUUAAGAUGUUCAGUUUGUCUGAAGAUGUAUAGCACAUGAGAGAAAGCCUUACAAACUACCCUGAUGGAUGUAAAGACCUACACUAUAGACCCACCUUUUAAAAAUGCCAGUCCACCUACAAAAUAAAGACUUUGCAAAUCGAACAAACUUCUCAGUGCAAAGCAUAAAACACUAAUUUGAUUUAAUAAACAUUAUUUAAUAUAGUGUACAGUACAAACUGUGGUGUUCUACAUUGAAUGCCAGUGGACACUGGAUGUUCCUGUGGGCAUUAAAGAGGCUUUACAGAGCGUUGCCAGUCCAGAGUGUCUUAUGAAGUGUCUUGAUUCAAAUCACAAUAAAAAUAUCAU